GGGGCUAAGGUCGGCGACGCUGGUAACUGGCGCGAUAAGGGAGGUCGCAGCUUGACGUAACGGGACUCUGAAGACGUGGCGUACCGUCGCCGCAGCAGCGAGCUACCAGUACCGGCUCGUAAGCAAUAAUGGCUCGUACCGACGGCACGCCGCAGUUCGCCGACCUCAACGAGCUGAGCGCGGAGAGGAAUGGCGGCGCCAUAGUGUUCGCCACGGACGACUGGUUCGCCGUGGCCGAGAACCUGCUCAAGAGCACGGAGCCCGAGUGGCGCGAAGGGGAGUUCACGGACUGCGGCAAGUGGAUGGACGGCUGGGAGACGCGGCGCAGACGCUCCCCUGGACACGACUGGGCCAUCAUCAAGCUGUGUUUCCCUGGCCAGAUAAAAGGUGUAUACGUGGACACGGCGUAUUUCACUGGUAAUUUCGUCCCUCGAAUUUCUCUGCAAGCAGCCCAUCUUACAUCAGAAGAACAGAGCUGGCUGCCUCCUCGAGUCAGCAGACUGGGCACCGCCGCCACGCCGCAAGUGAUGGAGCAGGUGGAGAGACUGCAGUCACACGCGUGGCGGGAGGUACUGCCCAGGAGCGCCCUGAGGCCGGGCCGCGCCGACAGCAGGCACCACUACCUGCCCGCGCAGCGCGCCCACGAGGUGUGGUCGCACGUCAGGCUGAACCUGUUCCCCGACGGCGGCGUGGCGAGGCUCCGGCUGUACGGGGUGGCGCGCCCCAUCCGCGGCCCCGUCGACGGCGCGCAGCUGGUGGACGUGAUCUCCAUGGAGCGAGGCGGCGUGUGCGUGAGCUACAGCAACGCCCACUACGGACACCCCAGGAACGUCAUCAGGCCGGGGCGAGGGACGGACAUGGCUGACGGCUGGGAGACGGCUCGCAGACUCGACCGACCCUGCGUGCUGGAAGAAGAUGAAAACGGCAUACUAAAGGUCCCCGGGAGCGAAUGGGCAGUCUUCAAGUUGGCGCACUGCGGGACGAUAGACUCGAUCGAAGUGGAUACACUCCACUUCAAGGGCAACUACCCAGACUCCGUUUGGUUAGAAGGAAGUUUGGGAGAUGACUUAAAUUGGAAAACUUGUCUCCCAAGAAAGAAGCUGUCGCCGCACAGGCUCCACGCGUACACGCGCGCGGACAUCCACCACGAGGGCCCGUUCAGCCACGUGCGCGUGACAAUCGCCCCCGACGGAGGCAUCAGCAGACUGCGCGUGUGGGGGCGAGCGGCCUAGCGGCGGCGCGCGCAGUCUGCUCGUUCACGCGGUCUCUUGUUCCGGAGACAGCCGUGCGCGCAACGUGGCUUCACUCCAACAUCUAGACAGUCCAAGUCAACUAGAACGUGUUACACGUUUGCUUGAAGCAGUUGUAAUUAUUAAUCUCCAGGGAUGUGCGAAUACUUGAUUUUCAGUUCGGUUCGAAUCCGAUUCGAAUCCCUGGCAAUAUUUGAAAUAUGAAUCCGAUUCCGAAUAUUAAGCACAGAAUAAUUAAAAAUAACUGAUUAAUUUAAAAAUAAUGUGUGUUCUCUUUUUUCUAAAUGUAACUACUGGCAAUUAUUUAUUACACUGAGAUUGAAAUGUGUAUAAUUAUGUAAACUUAAUUAAUAAUAAACUCUUUAAAAUAUGAAAACCAAAACAUAUUUGAUCAAUAGUAAUAAACUGCACGCCACAGGGAAAUCUCUGUUUUAUAAACGUUUCAGCAAACGAAACCAUUUUUUCUCCAAUAAAUAGCCAAGACGUUUUUUUUCUUGUAGGUAUGUACGUAAUUGUUUUUAGUUUAUAGUUGCUAUACGACGAAAUUCGUAAUUAUAGUUUAAGCUCUCGAAAUCACGAAAUUCUUUUAAUCUCACUGGGUUAAUUAUUUAAUUUACAUAUCUUUCUUUGAUACAUCAUAUUAUAAAUACUUACGUAAUAGAAGCCUAAUUUUAUUUUUCACUGCUAGUAUUUUUGAGCCGUAUUAAAUUGAUUUAUAACUUUUGUGAAUAUUCGUAAUACUGUUCGAAUCCAUGUACGUACAACGAUUCCGGGUUCGGGUAAUUGUGGAUUCGAACCGUACCCGAAAAUAUCGGGUACUCGCACAUCCCUAUUAAUCUCUUGUUCUCACAGGCUGGUGCUUGUGGGUUUCAUGCAAAAAAAAUAAUAAAGAAAACCAAGUGUACCAAUUGCGACAAUACACAUUUUUUUUUGGCACAUGCCUAGUGUUGAUAAUUGAAUACUAUGCACAAUGUAUGAUUCCGAACUUUCUGGUUCAAUGGUUUUGUUGUAGAGUAUAAGAUGAACAAAAUGUGUUGUAAAAGAACACAGUGAACCCUCAUUAAUAAAAUCCCUGUUGAUACAAAGUGCCUUCACAGUUCCUAGAAAUGACAUAGAAUUUAUAGUGCUAAGUAAUAUGUUUAAUACAAAAGUAUGGCUAUUAUAUAAUACAGUAAACUCCCUAUUAUCCGCACAUGCUACGAAAAAAUGCAGCACGUAUGUAAAUCUGUAUUUUAUUAAAAGUGAGCAAAUUUGAACUCUACUGACGAGUGUAUUGUGUGCAGUAAACAGUACAACGCCACAGGCCUUCUCGGAAUUCACGCAGUAGGCCGGCAUGCGUUUUUAUUUUUGUCUCUGUCGCGCUUUGUUUCUAGUCGUAUGAUUGAGCACUUUUAUGUUUACGUUACUGAAAUGUAUUGUUUGUUAAUUAUUCAGUAAA